UUAUUACUUAACAUAUCUUUAUAUUAAUAACAACGCUAUAAACUCUGUAGAGGUUUUGACUAAAAGCUGAAUUGGUCGCCAUGUGUUGAUUUUCGUAAUACGGGCCUAUUUUACGUGACUGCGCUGCUUUUUUCAUGAAGAUUUCGGUGCAAAGAGCAUCAAUGCUGAACUGGACCACCUCCUCUCUCCUGCUGGUUCUGAUUCUGUGUUCUGCUGCUCUGGGAUGAAGAUGAUCUCCAGGAUCCUGCUGCUCCUCAUCCUCAGCUCAUGUCUCUGUGCAGCAACAUUUGUAGUGAAUGUGACACAGAGCAGCUAUCAGGCAGAGGAGAACCACAGCAUCACUCUGGAGUGGACCUUCACCACCAAGACUCAGGGAUCCUGGAGGGAACUGUUCAUCAUCUGCAGCUUGCUGGCUCCUCAUAAAGAACUAGUUCUAUAUCACAUCCACGAAGGUGUUGAGAUUCCAGAUUCUCAGGAUAAACAGUUUUCAGGACGAGUCCAGAUUGACAAAGACGUCCUCAGAGAAGGACGAAUCAGACUCCAUGUGUCCAGACUGAGGACUGAAGACUCUGGUCUGUAUCUGUGUGACGUGAAAACUGAACAUGGAUCCAGUAAUGCUGAAUGUCGACUCAACGUUACUGGUCAAGAGAAGGUGGUUGGUGGUCAUGACUUGAUACAUGCAAAGGUGGGAGACGACGUUAUUCUGCCAUGUCAUCUGGAGCCUCCAUUUGACGUGAAGAGUCUAAUAAUCGAAUGGAGAUUCCAGGGUCAAAUAAUACAUUUGCAUCACAGUGGAGCUAAAGAUGAUGUAAUUUCAGACCCAAAGUACCAGGGCAGAACCUCUAUGUUCCAUGAUGAGUUUAAAAAAGGAAACAUUUCCCUCAGAUUGAUCAAAGUAACCAAGGAGGAUGAAGGGAAUUAUACUUGUUUUGUUCCCAAACUGCAAAGUCCAGUCAGGAAGGUGAAAGUUACUCUAAAACUUGAUGAAAAUGGAGCCCAAGGCAACUUGACUGAUACUGGAGGACCUGAUCCUGGAGUUAUUGGUGGUGUUGUUGUUGGUGUUGUUAUUGGAGCACUCAUCAUCCUCGCCUUCAUCACAUACUGUGUUGUACGUCACCUCAUCAUAAUCUAUGUUGUACGUCGCCACAGAGGUAAACAAAUUUUCCAUGCUGGAACAACAAGUCUCAAAAUGAACAAGGGAGAAAUGAUGGAGAUCGCAGAGGAAAUGGCAAACCAAGGAGAUGGAGCUGAAGAAAGACCUUUACAGGACCUGGGAAAAUCAAACCAAAGUGUCUGAAUUCAUCAUCCUGACCUGAAAUCUCCUUCAUAUCACUUGUUGGUAUGAAAACUGUUACAUGUAUAGAACUGUGAAUAAUAAUGAAAAAAACUGUCUGACUUAAACCCAAAAGCAUAUCCUUCAUAUUAGAUCAAAGAUUUAAUAAUCUAUUCUUGAGAUAAAAAAAGGAUGAAGAAUCAUGUAAGUUAAAAAAGAACAUUUUAUGUCUGUAACUGUUUCUGUAGUUUAGAGUCUCUUACUCAGCUUUUGAAAACUGAUUUUUCUUGAAAAGUAUUUUUUAAUAUCUUCAAAAGUUGACAGACUUGAUCCCCAGCUUGUUCCUACAAAAGGUUUUUAAUUUAAUUUCUGUCAGUGAAUCUUAUUUUUAAUGCUCACACUCUUGUUAUGGUCAAAGCCUCGUUACCUCUUAAAUGAGAAGGAUCAAACCACUCACCCAAAUUGUUCUGAAGGCCAUGUUGUAGUUCCUAGCUUCGUCACCAGGUUGCGCGGCCGUCUGUGAGUAGUAGUUCUUUUUCAAACCAAAACAUUGUUUGAGAAGCCGUGCAGGUCAGCGGACGUGAUGUUUGAAGGUGGUUUUGUUAUUUUGUUCGAGUGUGCGUCCAUAUGAAUGGUAGGUUGCAGUGUAACAGACGUAUAACAGCGUUAUAACACAAAUUAUUUACCUUAUCCCUGCAUUUUAUGACAUAGUCGUCAAUUUUUAAAGUAAAAUUUUGGAAUUUAUUUAUUUACUUUGAAUGAAAGUCUUGAAAAAACAUCUGAGAUGUUGAUGCUUUCCAACAUUCAUCAUCCAACACUAAAUACAAACAUAACAAUCU